AAACAUCAUUUAUAAACACAAUCUAUUAAUAUGGUUUUUGAACACUUUUAUUUGUUCACGGGCAUGAUAACUGUACUUUUAGUUUAUGGUAGACACAGCUUGUUCACACAUUUUCCAAUUUUACCACUUGUUAUGAACGCAACAUGAGUUUCUACAUCCUCCUCUCUUGUUAAAUAAAAGUGCCACCACUGAAAUACGCCUGUUACUUCCUGCCUCGUUGGGUGUUUGUCUGUCUUUUUCAAAACCAUCAUAGAGCAUUUUCAUUUAAUGAAAGAUAUUGAGUACCACUGCACCUCACCUGCCUGUCUACCAGCCCAGAUCAGCCCACAGUACCACUGCUGUUCACCUGCUUGUCUACCAGCCCAGAUCAGCCCACAGUACCACUGCUGUUCACCUGCCUGUCUACCAGCCCUGAUCAGCCCACAGUACCACUGCUGUUCACCUGUUUGUCUACCAGCCCAGAUCAGCCCACAGUACCACUGCUGUUCACCUGCCUGUCUACCAGCCCAGAUCAGCCCACAGUACCACUGCUGUUCACCUGCCUGUCUACCAGCCCAGAUCAGCCCACAGUACCACUGCUGUUCACCUGCUUGUCUACCAGCCCACAGUCCCACUGCCGUUCACUUGCCUGUCUAUCUGUCCACGAUGAAGCUCAUCUUGACUCUCUCUCUCAUCUGCACUCACUUCUGCUCAGUUGAGAUGCUGCAGUGUUUCAACUGCACUGAUGCAGCAUGUACAAACUCUUCUUUAGUUACCUGUCCAGCCUCAAACGAAAGAUGUCUCACUGCAACCAGAACCAUAAAAGGUCCCGAUAAUACCACCGUGGUACUCAAAAUGUGUUCACCAUCCUCCAUCUGUGUAACUCCUCUUAACACUGAAGUCACAGUGUCAGGGAACUUGGGCAUCAUAAGGGCUGCCUCUAACCAGCUCUGCUGUAACACCAAUGGAUGCAACAAUCAAACUCUGUCUGCCCCGAGUUCACUGGCUAAUGGAAGACAAUGUACCUCCUACAGCAGCUUCCAAGGCAUUGUGCAUAACAGCACUGUGGCCUGCCUGGGGGUUGAGGACCAGUGCUUGAGCUUCAGCGGCAAUGUACUUGGCUCAAUCAAUUAUAUGAUGAACAUCCAGGGCUGUACAUCUACCAACGUGUGCAACUAUAUUGAUCAACUGCUGCCCUCAAGUUACAUCAACUUUGUGCAAUUCACCUGUAACACAGCCCCUUUACCUGUAACUCUAACCAAAGCCCAUAACACAGCCUGGUCCAUCAAACUGAGCCUAGUCCCUCUGCUGCUGGGCCUCACUAUCAGCAAACUCAUCUGAUAUAAACAGAGAUGAACAUAUCGGGACUCAUCUGACAACAUAAUGCAUUGAUUACAAAACAACAGAAUGUACAAUGAUUUUUACGUAUUGUGAAAUACGUACUAUAAUUGAAAUUCUGUUGUUUAUAUGGAAUUUGCCAGAUGAUGCCCUGUUACAUUAUAUAUGCUUGCUUGAGGAAAUACUUUCUUAUAUAUUACUCUGUAUAUUUGAUAAAGUGUGAUUGCUUCUAAGUUUAAAACAAAUCAUUUCUGUCAAUGCCAAUAAAGUUUCUAUCACUUUACCAAAAUGGAAAUAAAGUGUUAUCUUAUUGUGAACGUAAA